AUGCCUCGCAUCAAGAAGAAGGGCCAGGCCGGCGCGGCCAAGAACUACGUCACCCGAAACCAGGCCAUUCGCAAGCUCCAGAUCAGCCUCCCCGACUUUCGCAAGCUAUGUAUCUGGAAGGGCAUCUACCCUCGCGAGCCGCGCAGUAAGAAGAAGGUCUCCAAGUCGGCGACUAGCUCGACCACCUUUUACUACGCCAAGGACAUUCAGUACCUCCUCCACGAGCCGCUGCUGCAAAAGUUCCGCGACCAAAAGGCGCUCGAGAAGAAGAUCUCCAAGGCGCUCGGACGCGGUGAUGUUGGCGAUGCGGCGCGGUUGGAGAAGAAUGCGGCGCGACCUGAGAAGACGGGCAAGCCCCGCUACACCCUGGACCAUGUGAUCAAAGAGCGAUACCCGACGUUCAUCGAUGCGCUGCGCGAUCUGGACGACUGUCUGUCGAUGCUGUUCCUGUUCGCCAACCUGCCCUCGACCUCGUCCGUCCCCGCCAAGAUGAUCGACCGCUGCUCUCGCCUGUGCCUCGAGUUCCAACACUACCUCAUCUCCUCGCGCAGCCUGACCAAGUCGUUCCUGUCGAUCAAGGGUAUCUACUACCAGGCCAACAUCAAGGGCGUCGACGUCCUGUGGCUGGUGCCGUACAAGUUUAACCAGCGCGUUGUGGGCGACGUUGAUUUCCGCAUCAUGGGUACAUUCGUCGAGUUCUACAUGACGCUCCUCGGCUUCGUCAACUUCAAGCUCUACACUUCGCUGGGUCUGAAGUACCCACCCAAGUUCGACCAGGUCAUGGACGAGAAUGCUGCCGAGCUCGGUGCCUUCACUCUGGAGGGGCUGACCAUUGCCGGCACUGAGAACGGGAAGCAGAUCGAGUCGUCCACACACAAGCCUGAUCCCAAGGUGCAGGCCGAGGUGGACAAGGUUCUGAAACAAAUUGGCAACGGCGAGGCGAACGACGGCGAGGACACGACGGCGCAGGACGAGGCUGCGGAGGAGGAGAAGGCUGCUGGUGAGCUUGACAAGUUCGAGGUCGCCGCCAAGGGUGGUGACGUUUUGCCCCAGCCCGAGGCCAGUGACUCCUCAAAACGGUCGCUGUUUGCCAACACCACCUUCUUCCUGUCGCGUGAGACGCCCCGCCAACCUUUGGAGCUCUUGCUCAAGGCCUUUGGCUGCAAGCGCGUCGGCUGGGAUGCUGUUCUCGGAGACGGCGCAUACACAACCAACGAGCUCGACCCUUCAAUAACACACCAGAUUGUGGACAGGCCGUCGACCCAGGCAGCGGCGGAGGCAAGCGAGGACGCCGAGGACAACCAGACCUCGCAAAAGCUGGCCGCCAACAGGAGGGUACCUGGACGCGUCUACGUCCAGCCUCAGUGGGUGUGGGACAGCGUCAACGACGGCGAAGUCAGGGAGCCUCAUCUGUAUGCGCCCGGCACCUCUCUACCGCCUCACUUGAGUCCCUUUGUCAAGAGCGUCAACGGCGCCUACGAUCCCACGAUGCCUCUGGAGGGGCAGGAGCCCGAGCUCGAGAAGCUCCAGGCCGGUAGCGACGACGAAGAGGGCGAGGAGGAUGAGCUCGCCGAGGAUAUGGAUGUGGCUGGCUCUGAUGAUGAGGACGAGGAAGGCGAAGACGCCUUUGGUGGGUUCUCUGCAGACGAGGACGAGGAAGAAGAGGAAGACGGAGAUGCCUCGGAGGACGACCGCCAAGCUGAGCUUGAAGCGGAGCUUGCUGGCGGCGCCGUCAACAGCAAGUCGGGCGAUAAGAAGACCAAGGCCAAGGAGGACGCGCGCAAAGCGCUGGCCAAGAAGUCGCGCGAGGAGGCCGAGGACCUGGAGCGCGCCAAGGGCAUGCUCAGCAAGAAGAAGCGCAAGCUCUUUGAGCAGAUGCAGUACACCAACAACAAGAAGAGCGCCGAGGACGAGAAGCUCCGUGCCAAGAGGAGAAAGCUGGAGAAGGAGAAGCAGAGGAAGGCCAAGGCAUAG